AUGUCCAUGUCACAGAGUACAAUGUUCGCUCGUACAGAGUCAAUUGUCCCUGCCCAGUAUCCAAAAGAUAGUGCUUUUCAUCUCAGCUACAAGAAUCGUAACUACCAUAACCAGUAUUUCCACAUUUAUUCAAAGAGAUUGAACGAUCUUAGGCCUCGAGUACUAGAACACGCCAACAGUAAGUGGGACAACAAAAAAAUCAAUGGAGUACAAGUAUUUCAUUGUGACAAGGUUCUUGAUAUAAAGAAUAAUGAACCAUGCUGGGUCAUUGGGUUGACAUAUUGUGAAAUGCAAUACAAACCAAACAUUCUCGAUGAUGUUGCCAUUGGUGCUUAUGGGGUACCGCCUCCUCCAAAGCCAAGCUACUCGGACCCUGAUACCGAUAUCAUCAUGCUUGAAGAUGAAAGCGGUAGAGUUCAAUUAGAUGGUGAUCUGAUAAAGAAUUCCAUUUUUGUGACUGGUAAUGUGAUUGGGGUCUUGGGUAUCGAACUUGAAGCUGGCCAGUUUAAAGUGCUUGAUGUGCUUUAUCCUGGAAUUUCGGAGCAAGUGGAAAGACCGUUAGCGAUUCCUAAUAAUAAGAUUGCUAUAGUGUCGGGAAUGGAAAUCGAUCCUCAAAACUAUAACCCGGUCAGAUUGGAAUUUUUGAAAGAAUUUCUUAUGGGAGAAAUAGGAACCGAUGAUCAACUAUCAAGCUCCAUUUCUAGGCUAGUCAUCGCUGGUAAUUCCACUAAGACUAUAAAUUUCACUCAUGAGAAUGAUGAUAGUAAAUUCUACGGUACAAAAAUUAAGUCUAAAUACAAUUCGAAAGCUAUGGCACUACUCGAUUCCUGGAUUUUCGAAGUAUUAGGCAGCAUUCCUGUUGACAUAAUACCUGGUGAAUCUGAUCCAACAGAAGCCAUUUUCCCUCAACAACCAAUACACUCAGCAUUUUUCAAACAAUGCAAGGCAUAUCUAAAUUCAGAAGAUAGCACGACUUUCAGGACUAUGACCAAUCCAUCUUGGUUGGAAAUUGAUGGCACACGUAUGUUAGGUACCGGAGGUCAAAAUAUCAAUGAUAUGUUCAAGUACUUGAUGCCAUAUGAUGUCUCAUCUAAAGAAUCUACCCCAGAAGAGUCCGUCAUUGACAAAGAUAAAAUAUCGCAGCAGAAGGUCGACCUGGAAAAACUUCGUGCGGAUAUUAUUGAAGCAACAAUCAAUUGGCAAAAUAUAAUACCUUCAUGCCCUGACACACUUUGGACAUACCCAUUUAAAGACGACGACCCUUUCACAUUGACAGAAGUACCUCAUGUAUAUUUUGUGGGUAAUCAACCACAAUUUCAAUCUAGAUGGUUGAAAUUCACAACAGUCUCAGGAAAAGAGAUCUUUGUUAGAUUGAUAUCAAUUCCAAAAUUCAAUGAAACUGGUGAGAUAGUCUUACUCGAUAUGAACUCUUUGGAGCCGAAUGUGGUGAAAAUUUGUUAG